CGCCCCAACCGGACCUUGAGAGGGGUGGGUGUGCGGAGCGUUCUCGCUUUUCCGUGUGGGCAUCUGCCACGACGUCAUUGCGCCUUCGUGCUUUCGCUGCGACUAAGAGCUGGGGACCGAACCCAGGGCCUUGCACUUCCUAGAUCGGAUCUCUCAGUGAACCUCGAUCUAGCAUCCCUGAGGUCCUCGAGUCUGUUCCGAUCACCUUCUAGUCGAAAAAGAAACACGGAAAGAACGAAAGAAAGAAUGAAAGAAAGAAAGAAAGAGAAAAAGUUGUUCCUCAGGACCCAGAGGUCGAAGCCUGCACAUUAGCCUGCACGUCUCUGUAGGAAGGGAAACUGAGGCCCGCUGGUCGGAGUGGGGCGGGUCCCAGAACACGAGCCCCCGCCCCCGGUGGCCCCGCCCCACCCCGGCCCGUUAGAGACCCAAGCGCAAGACAGAGCGUAAAGUGCAGACAGCGGACGGCGGCGUGAUGGCAGCGCAGCGGCUGGGCAAGCGCGUGCUGAGCAAGCUGCAGUCCCCUUCGCGUGCCCGCGGCCCGGGGGGCAGCCCUAGUGGGCUGCAGAAGCGGCACGCGCGAGUCACCGUCAAAUACGACCGGCGAGAGCUGCAGCGGCGACUGGACGUGGAGAAGUGGAUCGACGGACGCUUGGAAGAGCUGUACCGCGGCAGGGAGGCAGACAUGCCAGAUGAGGUCAACAUCGACGAGCUGCUGGAAUUGGACAGUGAGGAGGAAAGAUGCCGGAAAAUCCGGGGACUCUUGGAGGCUUGCCUGAAUCCCACAGAGCUCCUAGAUGCCUGAGAGACAAACGUCACCGCCUGUCAGUCUGCCUGGAGCUGGCUCAGACCUGGUCUCUGGGGACUGUUUCCCAGCCUGAGAAACAUCUCCUCCUUCCUUCUGAGCCUGUGUCUGUCUAUAAGUCUCUCUCAGAUCGGGGUCUUUGUCUCCCCAUCCCUAUUUCUACCUUACUUCAUUUUAUGUGGCUGUGUGUUUUGUCCCCAUGUCUGCCUGUGCACCACACACAUGCCUGGUGCCCAUGGAGGCCAGAAGAUGGCUUAGGUCCACUACAGCUGGACUUACAGACAGUUGUGAGCUGCCGUGUGGGUGCUGGGAACUGAACUUGGAUCCUCUGGAAAAGCAGCCACCGCUCUUAACCACUGAGCCACCUUUCAGCACCUUUCCCGUUUUUCUUGAGACAGGUUCUCAGCGUGUAAAUUCAUAGCAAUCCUCCUGCCUGUGGUACAACUACAGACGAGGGGCGUAAUUUCAGCCUCCUCCAAUCUUUCUGCCCACCCCUCCCCCCUUUCUCUUGCUUAUCUUAGGGCCCACCCCUCCCCCCUUGGCCCCAGAUCCCACCCUGAAUAAACUGUUGCCCAAAGAGACACAGGCCUAGGGGUGUAGGAGGCCUCCCCCCUGCUCUGUUCUCAGAAUCCCACUCUGUCCCUAGGACUUCGUCCAGGAGCUAUUGGCCAAGCUUCGGGGCCUGCACAAGCAGCCGGGCUUCCCGCAGCCCAGCCCCUCAGAUGACCCCAGCCUGAGCCCCCGCCAGGACCCGGCUCACACUGCUCCACCGUGACUGCGCCCGCCUCUGCUCCACCCCCAAAGCCCAGAUUGUUUCUAAGUUGUAUUUAAUGGUUCCGUAACUGGC